AUGGAAGCAGAUCCGCCGCCGCCGGCAAGCGCGCUGAUGGAGGAGCUGGUGGAGGAGGUCCUGCUGCGCUUCCCACCUGUCGACCCGGCGAGCCUCGUCCGGGCCGCGCUCGUCUGCAGGCGCUGGCGCCGCAUCGUCACGGGCCCGCGGUUCCUCCGCCGCUACCGCAACCUCCACCUCCACCGCGGGGGGUCUCCCUCGCCCCCGAUGCUGGGCUUCCUCGCCAGCGCCGGCGCGGGCACCCGCUUCGUGCCCACCUCCACCUUCCGCCCCGCACCCCUCUUCGGCGGCUGGCGCGCGCUCGACGCCCGCCACGGCCGCGCCCUUCUGCGCCGGGACACCGGCCACGACGCGCCCGUCGACUGCGAGCUCGCUGUCUGGGACCCCGCCACGGGCCGCCGCACGGACCUGCCCCGCCUCCCCUGGUCGCCCCACUACCCCUACAGCUGGAACGCCGCGGUGCUCUGCUCCGCCUCCACCGCCGCCGCCUGCGACCACCUCGACUGCUCCGGCGGCGGCGGUGGCCACUUCCUCGUCGUCGUGGUGGGCACCAACCACGAGGAGAUUUUCGCCCACGUCUACUCGUCGGAGACGGGGACCUGGAGCGCGCCCGCGUCCGCUCGGCACCCCGACGACAACGUCGAGUUCGCGCCCAGCGCGCUCGCGGGGAACGCGCUCUACUUCGCGUUCCAGACGGGGGCGGCGGCCCUGGAGUUCGAUUUGCGCACGCGGGAGAUGGCGGUGGUUCGCCUGCCGCCGCCACGCUUCGACUGGCAGCGCGUUGUGCUCGCCGCUAGGGAUGAUGGUCGUCUGGGACUCGCCACGGCAGGCAAGUCCACGAUCUACCUGUGGGCGAGGGAGGCGCAGCGUCCAGGAGAUGGGAAUUGGGUGCAGACCAGAGCCAUCGAGCUCGACACGCUGCUCCCUGCUGGUGCCAUUUCAGCCUUUCCUGAUGUGGUUAGCUUUGUGGAUGGCGUUGGUGUCGUUUUUGUGAGGACGGGUGAUGGGCUCUUCACCAUUGAUCUGAAGUCUCUCCAGGUCACAAAGCUAUCGAGGGAUACUGCCUUCUCCAGCAUUUUUCCCUACAUCAGCUUCCACACUCCAGCUCUGGAAGUUGCCUCAACUGGUGAGGGGCCAAGUUCAGGUGCAUAA